ACCUCAGCAUCACUCGUGGUGGUUUCGCGCGCGCAUCCGCCGCUGAAGUGAGACCACUUUUCAAAGGGGAAAAAAGUCGAGAUUCCGUCCUGUUUCCGGCGACACCGGCCGAUUCCAUCUCCCGUCGCUGUGUCGCGUCGUUCGACUUGGCGCGAUUAAAAAUCUCGGACCGGCGAUCGUCGAGGCACGUCGAUCGAAGAGUUGCCGAAGAGAAUCACGAGGAGUGCGUUUUUUUUUUAAACGAAAAAACGAAAUUAAAUAUGAAUGAGAAUGAAUCACGGGCGAUCGGUAGGUGCGAGUGAGUGACCGCGGAUCUAUCGAUCGCUGACGGAUCUCCAACGCUACCAACAAGUGAGCCGCGUGUGCGAAUAUCGAAAGGAAGGAUUCUCUCAGCUUUUGGAUUCAAUCUCCUCGAUUUGACAGCGACACGUUUGUUUACCGCUUGUCGAGCAAACCUGUUUUCUUUUCGCGCGCGCCUCGCGAGUUUUGUCGAUCCGAGUGCUUUCGGGUGCGGGUGAAAUGUAUUCGCGGGAAUGCGGGGAUUUCUCGCGAAAUCGCAGAGUGAUUCAGGAAUCCUAAGAGUGUUUCGCAUCGCGGUGUGGCAAAAAAGAAGAAACGUUUACGUGAUUCGCGAAGAAUUUGGAGAAAAUUUCAGGAAUUCCGCGCGGAAUAACUGUCUUAGAAUGUGCUCGAGUGAUCUGAAGUAAAUUCGAUCCCGAGAUUCUGCGGCGGAGCGUGAUGAUAGUUAAAGUGAGAGUGCGAUGAAACGCAUUCAGUGAAAUCCGGAUUAAAAUGCUCUCACCUGUGCGAAUUUCGCUCGUACAAAAUUGUUACGCAGGUACGAGCGGGACAUUGCAGCGUGUCCCUGGUAUUUAAAUAUAGGACCGAUUGAAAUACGAAGGGGAUAAAAUAUAUAUUAUCCGCGGAAUAUCCGCGAGGCGCGAUCGUGCGGAAAGUUUCUCGCGUUUCGAAUGUGAUAAACUUUAUGCGAUAUUUGGGGAACGGUUACGCUUUGGAUGCCUCUGCAUGCGAUUCGAAGGUGCUUGAAUUUGAAUCGAGCUUUACGUUCAAUGUAACGUUCAACAGAGAUAUUUCUGCGGCGGUGCGUAAAUGUGUCAGCAAAAAUCCGCAUUAAAGCUUCAGCGUCGGGCUCUCUCCAAUACCGAUAAGCUUCACGCGAGUACGAAUCUUCCGGUUUUAAGUGGCACUUGAAUGCGGGACCCGUCGCCCGCGAAUUUACAAAAAAAAAGUGGCGCGAACUCUCGGCACCGCGUAAAAAUAUGAUUUUUAUUUAUAGUGACACGCACGCUUGUUGACAGAACUGUGCGUACGGACAUUCAAUUUUUACUGGGAGAGAGAGUUAUGAAUAUAUUAUAGUCCGCAGUUAUUUGCUUCUGUCACAAGGUAACAACCAAAUCAAAGGAAAAAUUUUAACAAGUUAAAAGGAACUGUAUAGCGACGAGAUUUUGACGUGUGCGGUCGAACGCACAGUAUAUUUUAAAUCCAUGUACAUAAAUUGAGAUAUAUUAAAACUAUGCGAAUCAAAGUCGCUUGAGAAAUUAAUUUCCGUUCAUAAUUUUUCUAUGGAGAAUGAAAUAAAGUCUGCACGAAAACGAUAGGCUGCGUCGAGAAGGUAUAAUUGAGCAAAAUCUAAAUCAUAUUGAUUUUCAGAUGAUCUUUAGAUGAUCCGCGAGUUUCGUUUACAAACGCUUGGGGGAUAAGAACCCAAUUUACUUUCGAGGAGCGUAAAGGAUGCCGCGCUCUUCGAGCCACCGCAUUAUUCCGCGUGCGAAUUCUUGAGGAUCUUUUGGUCGGCGCCAGACAUAGUUCGUCCCUCGAGCGAGCGAGGUUGUAGGGAGGUGUACGAAAGAGAAUAAGGGUGGUCUGAUGUCAAACGACCCGUCGGGAUGCCGGUGAUCCGCGAGAGGAAAACAAUUUUCCGCGGAUGAUGCGUAAUCGUGAAUGUAUCCCUCGCGAGUGACAACGGAGAAUUCGUUAGAAACGCGUCGUGACAUGCGAGGAUCUUCGCAAUAACAGUCUUCUCCCCUCCCGUCUCCCCUUCCCCCUCGCCGCGGCUACGCGAGCACGUCCUUACGGAGUGUUUUAAGUGUACGGUCGUACCGUGAAAAUAACAGUGUCACUCGUCCGAAUGUAUGGUGGACUCUUGGAGCAGAAGUGCGCGUGAGCUGUAAAAAUACAGCUCGCAAUAACAGUAACGUCGCGCCGCUCCCUUACGUGACCGGCCGGCAGAGACCCGUGUUCGCGAAAACGAUUGCGCGAAGUGCCGGCGAGAGGUACUCGUGAGACUAAAGGCUCCGACUUCGUCGUUUGAUGUACUCACCGCCGUGCAAUUUCAGUUUUCGGGGCGGUGUUUAAAGUGUGUUGUGCGAAACGCAAAGAUAACAACGUAACGGGUUGACAUUAUAGGAGCGCCUUUCUCGCCGAAAUGUCUCUCGCAGACGUGAAUUGUUCAGUAUAAAGUGCAAUAAUAUGCAAGUGAUAACCCGUUUGAACUUUUUAUCGGCGCGUUUUAUCAGGCGUAAUUAUAGUCGCUCUUUGAGAUUGGAAUACGUCGGGACGAAAUUACGCGGCACGCGUUGUACCUAAAUCGUUGCACGUGUGCGGAAACGCGUUUAUGAGAAACGUCACGAAGUUACGCAAUUAGACGAAGAAAAAUAUCGCGAGCGUAGCGGAAGUAAAACGGGGGGAUUACAUAUUGUGUAAUUAGUGCUGAAAUACUAUUUUUGAGGUGGAACGGAAAGUUGUAACAAAUCGUCCAAAAUACGCCCUGCGAAAUCUCGAAAUAAAAUUAUGCACCGCGGUGAAUGAAAGGGAUGACGAGAAUGUAUAAUUGGAAAUAGAACUCGCUUCUUCCGCGAUCGAUCCCAGUCGCCAAGAUAAAAUCAUAAUAUACGAUAUGCACGACCGGCUGUAACAAUAUUGACAUUGCCAACGAGUGAAACUCCUCUCUCUUCUCCGUCAUCGUCGAUUACACGCUUUUCGGCGUACGCGAAAAGCUUGCAGCCGCGGACGGGAAAGUGUUGACGCGGUGCGUUCUAUUAAUUUUCCAUCACGCGGCGCAAAGUUUCCCCGCGAGUUAAAGGCCGAAAUUGGAGCAGCGCGAUAGCGACGUGUUGUGAGAGAAGAUCUCGCGCGACGUCGCGGAGAAAAGUAAAAUAUGCAUGCGGGUAAAAGUGUCCGUUGUAAGCUCGACGAAAGCGCGGCGAAAUUCCUUUAAUAAAUCGCUUAUCCUUCGCGCGAAACAUCGUCGCGUCGUGUGUUCUCAAGCGGAGAACUAUUAGACACUCCCGAGUGUCGAAGAUUGUUGCGAGAUCGUUAACUGGUUCGCAUCGGGAAUCGAUCGCUCUCGUAAGAGAUCGAAGAGUGUCGAGCAAAAGCUGUGCUAAAAGUGGUUGGAUACUUCGCAGCGAGUGCUCCAAGGGGUUGUCCCUUUUUGGUUGCGUUCUCGUCCAUCCGACUCCAUUCCGUGCCAUUGUCUCCCGAUCGUUUCGAUUCGGUGUCCCUUGUGAAAAGCGAUUUCCUCGAUCGUGUGCACUUCAGUGAGAAGAGGAACGCGACUUGUUUGAAGGAUUCCCAUGGAAUAGAUCCCCUAUUCACGAUGGUCAGUAUGAAGUUUUUUCGCGUCAUCCUGGCGCUCCUGGGAGGCACGCACGCUUUGUACGCACAACCAUCGGCGUCUCCAACUGUGAAAACCGGUGGUUCCAGUAUCGCCAGCGUGGUAGCAGGCAGCAAGCCGACGAGAUCCUGGGAUAAACCUCAAUUCGACGAUAUUGCACGGCGAAAUGUCACUGCCAUCGUCGGUCAGACGGCGGAGCUGAAUUGUUACGUCAAGCAUCCGGGCGACCGUGUGAUCUCCUGGAUACGUAAGAGGGAUUUGCAUAUCCUGACGUCAUCGACCCUCGCUUACACGGGGGACGCAAGAUUUUCCGUUAAGCACCCCGAAUCAUCCGACGAAUGGACGCUGAGGAUCGAGUACAUCCAACCACGGGACGCCGGGAUUUAUGAAUGCCAGGUUAACACCGAGCCCAAAAUGAACUUAGCCUUCCUGUUAAAAGUCGAAGAAAGUGCCCCUGUCCCUGCCAUCACCACACCAAACGCCAUUCACCGGACGUUCAACUCAGCCGCUCAGGCGACGAUCCUGGGGCCGGAAGACGUCUACGUGAAGAAGGGUAGCACGAUAAGCCUCACGUGCGAAGUAAAUGUGCGAAGUACACCUCCCAGUAGCGUUACCUGGUAUCAAGGAGGGGCCGUGCUGGAUUUCGACAGUCCCAGUGUACACCGCAGGGGCGGCAUUUCCCUGGAGACGGAGAAAACGGAUACUGGGACGACGAGCAGACUACUGGUGACACAGGCCAGAUUGACCGACAGCGGAAAUUACACCUGCGUCCCCAGCAACGCGAAUCCAGCGAGCGUAAUGGUCCACGUGCUGAAUGGUGAACAUCCGGCGGCGAUGCAGCACGGCGGCAGCUGCGGCAUGGCCCCGACCAUUCUACUCGCCAGCAUCACUCUCAUAAUCGCGAACCUGUUAAGGUGAGCAGCCGCGUCGUGAAUCGCGCAUCUUAAAAGGAAAAAAGAAAGAAAGUCAAAACGUGUCGACGGUCGGGAGAGACAACGUCCAAAGUGAAACGCGCGCGCGACGAUCGACGCGACGACGCGACGGUCGCGGAAUGGUGCACGCUCGGAAAAAUCGCCCGGCCGACCGCGAUAGAUCGCUUUAGCUCACGCCUCGCUGUCACACGCUGCGCGUGUAUCCGUAUUCCGUCGGAGUGCUCGGAAGCGACGACAAGAGAAUCACAGUGCGGACCGAAGUGCAGUGGACCAAAGCUCUGUGAAGGACGCGGUGACGUGGCGGAUGAUCUUUAGCACGUACGUUUUUAACACGAAAAUCUUUCACAGACUCUCCAUUCUUUUGUACGAAAUCGUGUUAAAUACAUCGCGCGCGACAACAACAAAAAAAACGUGCCGAAUUAUUCUCAACGCUCCCCGAUGGGACGGUAUGGUUGAGCGUUCGCCAAAGGGAUAGACUCCCUUGCACUUGUGCUUUUUGUAUAAUUAAAUCGGCAUGUUUAAGCCGUGCCUCAACGAAUAUACGCGUGGACUCUCUCUCUAGUGACGAAAAGGAAACUGCUCAUCUCGUGAUUUCGUCGCGAGAACUCUGUUAGAAUUUGUAUUUUAAUUAAUUCAAUAAUGGCCUCGUAGAGUAACUUCUACGUAACGUCGACCGAUAGGAACGACGCCGUGUGCUUGGCAGGUGAGAUCGGGUCGAUCGCAUGAUCUGUUACGAUUGCCCAACGCUUUCGAAUCGAGUAUCGAUGGCUGGAUCCGUUCGAUGGCUACGAAAUAAUUAUUACACGAAUCGAAAUUUAUAAUCUAACGAUUAUCAACUAGUUGCGUAACAAUUAUCAGAUAAUUAAGGCUCUUGUACAUAAGAUGAAUAAUCGAGCAUGUAGGAUUUGCCGUGACCUUGUACAGUACAAUGCACGUGCGAGAAUUGUUUGCCGCGUAAUAUCGUUAAUUGUUUCUCGUCGUUCGAUCUGGGCAGCUACUGUAUAUAGCUUGUAUCAUCGGUUAUGAUACAAUGGUAUGGUAUACAUGCAAUCGUAAAUCUGCGAAAAUUCUAACUGAACCUUGUGCUUCGCGGGCGCAAUUCAGCAUCUCGAACGUGCCAGAUAUUUUUCGUAUUUCUUGAGUUAUAUACAUAUAUAUUAUACGUAUGUAAUAACUUUGCCCAGAUUUGACUUGUUCGGUUAAACGUGUAAUAUUUAUUAAUGAGAAUUGCGUUGGUUAGGGAUUGAUUGCUAGAGUGAGAAUAAUGCGGUGGUAUUGUUUCUCAAAAAAGACUGUGAGAAUAUCUUAUGAUAAAAAUCAUUUGAAUUAAAUUCUAAUUCUAGAUAAAAUCUAAAUUUAACUUAUUACAAUAUUUACAUUUAUUGUGUUAAUAUCAUGACGAUUUAGUAUUUAAGAAAAUCGCAAUUUAAUUGUUUAUCAAAUUGCAUUGUUCAUCAAACAUUGCAGUCUUUUAAUACGCGACAGAAUUGUUCAAAGAGUUGAAAAUUUAUAUAAGGAAAUUCUUCGUUCGUGAUGAUAAAGUAAAAUUUUAAUUGAGCAUUGUUAUAAAUGUAAGAAGCUUUUCUUGGAUUUAUGCUCCAAACUGGUAUUUAAUGUUUUCAAAUUUGUAAAAGUCUUUCUUUAAAGAGUACAUCCGAAAUAUUAAAAUAUAAUUUUGAGGAAAGUUUUUAACUUAUACAAAAGAAAAGGUUAUUGUAUGGAAAUGAAAUCAAUGUUUAAAACGUCUCGUUUCGAAGCAAUUAAUUUUCGAAUAAAUCGAAUGAUUGUGAACUAAUUGUUGGAGACAUAAAGGGAAACUGUCGCGAAGAAAUCAAUUCUUUUUUAAUCAAUUCAAUUUUAUGAAAGAAUUUUAGAAAAAUUUCUAUAUGUUAAUACAAGUAUUUUUAAAUAAAAAUAUAAUUGUUUUCAAUAUCAGGAGAGAGUAUUUACAGAAAACAAAGUUAUACCAGCAAAGAAUGAAAAGGCAACCAGAACUAAUCACUUUAGUAAUGAUAUUAGAUAGGUUUGGCCUCGAUAUGUUUCUGUUUGUUUAUUGUAAACAGGAUUUUUUAAACUAAAUGAUUCGUUACAUCGUCUUUGCUUUGGUUCGAUAAUCAAAAUGCAAUUUGUCAAAAGUAAUGUUCCUCUUUCAAACUUGUAUAUCACGUCAUUUUCAAUUCAUUCAAAGAUUUUGCUAUGAGAAUAUUAAAGUGACUUUCUCGAAAAUCAAAACGCGUCAAAAUUAAUUCACCGAUUAAUCAAAAUUUAAUCAAAUAAACAUCAACGAUCACGGAUAAUGGACAUUAUGUUAAAAUGUAUUAUAAAGCUCGUGUAUAGAUAAGUGAAUAUAUAAAAAGAUAAUACGUAAAUAUAUAUUUAAAAUAGGUCAAUGAUAAGCGUUUGUUAUGUAUCAUGAUAAUAGUGCGGAAAGUAUAAUUUGAAAGAUUGAAAUGUAUAAAUGAAAUAAAGGUUCCUUUGCAGAACUGAUAAAAAGUCGCCUUUUGCUAUGAAAAUUCAUUUCUCUAUAAAAUAUUGAUGAAUUGUCAUCAAUUAUCACGCGAUUAUCAUACAUUAUUAUAAAAUUAUUCAAUUAUUCAUUGGCUGCGAUCCAUUUAAUGUUGCAAAUGCUUUGAAGCGUCGAUUUCUUUUUUCUGAUUGGUCAAUCGAAUCGCUUCAAAGCAUUUGUAGUGCUAAGACCGCAGGUCAUAAAAGAUUACAAAAUCUUUUUCAGAUUUCAUAUGUACAGUACUUAGUUAUUUCUUUUGUAACUAAGAAUAAUGAAAAUAAAAUUUUUUUGGGGAAAAUAAUACGGUGACUUACUUAAUUUUGCAAGUGAAUCAAAUAAGUAAUUCUGUACAUAACAGGCAUAUAGUUUCGCUAUUAAAAUUUUAUUUUAUUCAUUAACGUUAAAUUAAUAAUGGUCUUCCGACAUUAAUGCCAGAUUCGAUAUUUCCAUCAAAUUCUACGAAGGAUAAAUGCUUAAAUUAUUCGUCUUCCUGUGCAUUUGAUUAAAUCGAUCCAAUCUUGAUUAUCUAGCUAAAAUAGCCGAGUAUUUUUAAAUUACUUUUUAGAUUAAUUUCUUUCAAUCCAAGCCGCUUUUUUCCAAGAAGAAAAAAAUAUGAGAAGUAAAACAAAAUCCUAGAUAUGAUCAUUAAGUGAUUUAACGCACGUAAUAUAGAAUAUACAUAGCAGUAAAUCAUUAGAUAGUAGGUUUAUUACGACAUAUUAUAUAAUAUGAUUAAAGAAUAUAUCAUAAUGAUUAAAAUGUUAAGAUACGAUUCGUCUUAGAGCCCAUAGAUUUUUUAUAACAUUGUAGCUCGGAAAACACAAAUUAGGAUCUACCUGCUGUUGAAGAUCGUGAAGCAUUUCUAGAUUUUCACUUAGAAUCGGAGGUCUAAUAUCGCGCGCGCACGAAGUGCUAUCAAUUUGUAUAUAAUUUUUCACGCGUUAUGAUUUAUAUUGAUAUAUUAAAUAAAUCGAGUUAUACAAUAUAUUCCGGACAAAAACUGCUGCGAAUCAAUGAUGCAGAAAGAGAGAGAGAGGCUGACGUAAUUACAUAAAAAGUGAUCAAAGUGCAAAAUGAAAAAAUGUUUGAGAUUGAGAAAUCACUUCUAUCGAACUACUGGUGUGUGCCGAAUCAAAAUAUUUAAUCAAAUUCAAUUCGAUAAAAAAAAAGUUCGUAUUUGCGAUGCACCGCGUUUUGGCGGUUUUCAAUACCGAUUCCACCGUGAUUUUUUUCAUAGCGCGAACCGUGGCUCAAUUAUAAGGUUUAAAAAAUACAUUCCUGUGCAUGAUGGAUGAUCAAACAGAAAAAUAUCGAGAGAGGUAUACCUAUUUGUGAACUAGAUAAUCAAAUAUCCGCGAUUCGCAUACUUACGGAAAUGUUGCACAUUACAUUAGGUAAGGAGACUAGACUGCAUUGUACAUAAAAUUCAUAAUCGAUUAUGUAUCAUGUUAUAAGGGAACUUAAGCAUGAAUCAAAAAGACAGGAUUAAAAGCGAAGAAAAGCGAUAUAGAAUACUAUAUUGUAAAAAAUAUUCAUCGACGUGAAUACUGUUUCAAUAAAUGUAAUGAUGAUAUAAAAAAAAA